AUGCAUUUGCCUACCGUUUCAGUCAUUUGUAUUUCUAUAGACAUGCUUGCAACAGUAGUUUUGUUUGUUGUGGCAUUGGGAGUUAGCGUCGGUGAUAUAAACGCCGAGAGGGCGGCGCUGAAGUUGAAGGUAGCUCAAGGGGUUUGUGCAGCAACGAAGGCGCUGAAGUCAGUUCACAGAUACACGGUAGAAAAGGUGAAGGAGGCUGAGGGAAAAUUGGAAGAUGUACAGAAUAUGGUGAAACUGGCGAAACUCAAGGUGCUGAGGGAAAAAAAGGCUGGUAGUGUCGAUUGCAGAACGAUGGCGUUUUUCCUCAACUAUACAGUGAAGAAGGUGUCCGGUAUGAUAGAGUUACUUCCGAAAAUUAGGGAGCAGGGUUUAAAUCUCACGGCGUCAGCGGGUAUAGCUGCAGGGAGAUUGGAAGAAAUGAUAAAUGUAUUUCACCAACCAUCUGACAGGCAGGAGAGUGAUAUCUUUUUCUGCAUUGCAGGUAAACAAGGUGAAGGAGUUACAAAAAGCGAAUUGGCUGACUGCUUCAAGGGUGGGAGGGAUGCGAUUGACUCUUCCCAUUUUGUGGCCUUUGGUGAUGCCGAGGCAACGAAGGGUUGGCAAGAUAUUUUCAAGGAGAAGGACGGGCUGGAGGGAGCAUUGAAGAAACAUCUAACAGUGGACGACAACGACCCUAGGUUUACGAGGGGGGAGGGACGCGGAUGUCAGUUGGUACACGGAAUGCAGGGAGGGGGAUAUAUCAAGGAUGCGAACUUCACGGAGCACAUGCUAUGGGGGGAUGGUAUACUUGGGGUGAAGAAAGAUGGAAAUGGAACGACUGGAUAUGUAGGAAGCACGAGGGGUAGCGACUACGAUCACGAUAUUCUUUGGGAGAAGGAUCCAACGGCGAGUGUCCCCAGUCUUCACGCAACCGUAAGUGAUUACCACUCUUUCAGUGGUUUGCUGCACAAGUAUGACACCAUUUACCGCAGUGUUACAGAGGAGUGGACUGCAGAUUUAAUCCAGAGAGAUCCCGAGGCUACUGAUUUGCUAACCGCAUCGGAGCUCACCGUCGAGGACGUUGCUGCACUCAACAGCCGCACGAAGCAGGAGUGGCUUUCCCAGAAACACGCCAAGGAAGCGGACAAGGAGUUUCUAAUGACAGAGAUACGAUUUUGCGGGAAACUGAAACGAAGGGGAUUCAUCAGACGAAUGGUGAAGAAGAUCCUUGGCGGACUUCGUAUAAGUUGGACAUCGGAGGGUUAG